AUCGCCGCUCCGCCGCUCCCUCCCCUACUCUGCGGCUGCCUCCGACUCCCCCGGCGUUAUGGCUGCCGCCGCGCCCCGCUCCACCUCGCUUCUUCCACUGUUUCCCCUUCUGUGUCUCUUGCUUCUCUCCGCCCCGCAGGGCGGCAGCGGCCUGCACACCAAGGGCGCCCUUCCCUUGGAUACGAUCACUUUCUACAAGGUCAUCCCCAAAAGCAAGUUCGUCUUGGUGAAGUUCGACACCCAGUACCCCUACGGUGAGAAGCAGGAUGAGUUCAAGCGUCUGGCUGAAAACUCGGCCUCCAAUGAUGAUCUCUUGGUGGCAGAGGUGGGGAUCUCAGAUUAUGGCGACAAGCUGAACAUGGAGCUGAGUGAAAAAUACAAACUAGAUAAGGAGAAUUACCCAGUCUUCUACCUCUUCCGUGAUGGGGACUUUGAGAACCCACUCCUAUACAGUGGGGCAGUUAAGGUUGGAGCCAUCCAGCGCUGGCUGAAGGGGCAGGGGGUCUACCUGGGGAUGCCUGGCUGCCUGCCUUUAUAUGAUGCUCUUGCUAGUGAGUUCAUCAGGGCCUCUGACACGGAAGCCCGCCGAACCCUCCUGAAGAGGGGACAGGACAGCCUUGCAAGUGUGAAGGAGACUGAGAAGAAGUGGGCUGAGCAAUACCUGAAAAUAAUGGGGAAGGUCUUAGACCAAGGUGAGGACUUCCCAGCGUCAGAGAUGACCCGGAUCACCAAGCUGAUAGAGAAGAACAAGAUGAGUGAUGGCAAGAAGGAAGAGCUCCAGAAGAGCCUCAACAUCUUGACUGCCUUCCAGAAGAAAGGGGGUGAAAAGGAGGAGCUGUGAAGUCAGUGUGGUGGGUGGGGAGGGGAUGGCUGACUGGGAGGCUCUCCUGGGUUAUGAGAGAGUGGUGGAAAAGGUAGCAGGAAACCAGCAAUCUGGACAGUGAUGCUGAUGUAACGGCAUGGGACAUGUACAGCCAGUCAAGGUAGAGCUGAAACACUGACAGAUUUGUGAAAUCCACCCUCAGAAGGAACUGGUGCUAUAAAGAAGAGCGUGCACUGCCUAGAUCCUUGAUGAGUGUCAUUCUGAUGCAAUUAAAGUUUCAGUGUUUUGUGUAA